UCUCCUUUAAUUCUCAGUUUUGUGUUAAAAACAAGUUAUUAUAAUGCUGCCCGCUGUUGAACAAAAGCUAAGCCAAGUGUUUAUAUAUCUUGAUGUCAGGCAGCGCGUAGUGCUAUGUUGCUUCACGCUUUUGGCCAUUAUCAAUGCCUACACCAUGCGACUGUGUCUGGACUUUUCGCUGACCCGCAUUGUCUCCGAGUGCGACGGGGUCAAGGGUAGCCACAGUUCCGGCGAAGCACUGCUUAAUCCAAAGGGUCUGCCCAACUGGAGACUGGAAAUGGCCAUAAACCUGAACGAGACGAAGAACCUUUUAAUAAAUAGGUUAAAAGCAGGAAGGGAUCAGGGUCAACCUAAGGUGUCCAGAAAGAGGCAAAGGGAUCGACGGAAGAGCAGACGGGAGAGUUCCACAAUAACCCCUAUCUUCGGUUCCGGUGAACGGAUUAGCUGCUCGGAACUAUGGUCCCGACAAACACAAUCUUUGGUAGUCGUGGCCUUCUAUGCGGGCUACAUGAUCACCCAUGUUCCCGGCGGACUUUUAGCGGAGCAAUACGGCGGCAAAUGGGUCCUUAGUGUAUCCAUCCUUACGUCGGCGGUGUUUACUCUCCUCACCCCGGUUGCAGUGCGUAGCGGAGGUCCCUAUGUCCUGAUUGGUAUCCGUCUUAUGGUAGGUCUGUGCGAAGGUCCUUGCUUUCCGGCUGUCUGUGCCCUCCUGGCCCAGUGGGUGCCCGAGCAGGAGCGCGGAUUGCUGGCCAGCUGUGUCCUCAGUGGCGGCGAGAUCGGCAUCACAAUGGUCCAACUGGUUAGCGGAUUGGUGAUGGCCGAACAGGACUGGCCUCUGGGCUUCUAUCUGGUUGGCAGUGGUGCUAUACUCUGGUUCCUGGGUUUCAGCCUCUUGUGCUAUAGCACGCCAGAUCACUGCCCCUUCAUCCAGAGCGAGGAGCGUGACUACAUCAAGAGCAACACAAGCGGUUCGCUGCUCAUGAUCACCAGUCGAGGAAGGGUUGUCAGAAUGGCCACAGAUUCAGGGGAGGAGGAACCUGCCAGAGAGGGAUUUCAGCGCGAAGACACCAUAAUAAUCAACCCACCGGCGAUACCAUGGAAGAGCAUGCUCACCAGCAAACCGCUGUGGGCUCUCGUUACUGCCACAAUGCAGCAUGAUUGGAGCAAGCAGGAUCUGCCCAAGGAGCUGCAAAUGGUGUUGGAAAAGGUACGAUCAAAUGGUCUGUGGGAAGAAUUCGUCGCCAUACUCACGGUGACAGCUCCGCACGUUGGGAAUUGGUUGGCUUCGCUGACCACAGGUCAGCUGAGUGAUUUUCUCAUUGCCCAGCAGAUCCUCACCCGCACGCAGACUCGCCGUCUGAUGUCCUGGCUGGUCCUUAUAUGCGGAUCCAUGUACAUGGUGCAGUUGAAGGUGCAGGGAUCACAGAUCUGGCACAUUUUGGCCAAGGGUGCGUACUAUGCAAGCGUCAAACCGCUGCCACUGGACAUGAGCCCGAACUAUGCUGCCACUUUGACGGGCAUUUCGGGUGGACUGGGCACCCUGCCGAGCCUCCUUACUCCGUAUCUAGAGCAGCUGGAAACGGAUUAUGCCGUGGUGGGUAGCGUCAGAGCUGCGCUCUGGAUAAUUGCUGCCAGCUACAUCUCCGGCGAUGUGCAGGCAUUUAACCAACCGGAAUUCGAGCCGCAAAGAGAGGACAACUAGCUUGUUAUUUGUUAUUAAUCUUACGCUUAAACAU